AUGGCACAACCCUCAAGUUUUGUUCUCACAGCUCCCCAAGGAAAAGAUAUGUAUGGCCCAUGGGACCUUAGUUCACUGAUCGACCAGAACUUUCAUCUCGGUGUCGCACCAUUCACCAAAGAAUACUUCGGAGCAGUCAGACUUGGGUCAUUGGGUAUUGCCUACUUAUGCGUCAAUGUCAAAUUUACAGGUCUUUCUCUUUACCUCUCCAUCGACACUGAGAAAUUCCUCGUCGCAAACCUCGUACUCAACUCCAAGCCACACCUAACUGACUUAGCUAUCUCCUCUGACGACACCAACUUCGUCGCUCCGUGUAAGGGCUGA